AGGUGCUCCAGACUUCUACAACCAUCAAUGGACGCUCUCUCCUACCUCUUUGUAUGUCAGCUAUAUUCCACCUUCAAAUCAAAUGCGUAUCACAUACUAUUGAAAUUCGUUGUCAAAGAAGGGGUAAAAGAAGGAGGAGAAAAUGACAAGUUAUCGAUGGAAGACACUCUUCGAAGAAGAAGAUCGACCGGAGAAGCCUAGGAGGUAUGGUGUCACUGAAAUGAGGGGACCUCAUCACUCUCUUUUCUCCCAAAAUCUCCUCCAGGAUGUUUUUGACUCUAUGGGGCAAUUUGUUGAUGGUCUCAAGUUUGCUGGAGGCUCUCAUAGUUUGAUACCUAAGAGUUACAUCAAAGAAAUGACUAACCUGGCACAUAAGCACAAUGUGUACGUUAGCACUGGGGACUGGGCUGAAUACCUACAGCGCGGAGGUCCUUCUGCUUUCAAAGACUAUAUUGAGGAAUGCAAAGAAUUGGGAUUUGACACCAUUGAGAUUGAUGCUGGCUCACUUGGAAUUCCUGAAGAGAUUCUUCUGAGAUAUGUGAGGCUUGUCAAAACGGGGGGCCUCAGAGCUAAGCCGCUGUUUGCUGUGAAGUUUAACAAGUCAGAUAUACCUAUGAGUGGUGACAGAGCAUAUGGAUCUUACACGGUCCCUGUGCAGCGAACAUCUGAGCUUGUUGAGGAUGUGAAUCUAUUGAUUAGGAGGGCAGAGAGAUGCCUUGAAGCUGGAGCAGACAUGAUAAUGAUUGAUGCUGAUGAUGUCUGUAGACAAGCAGAUUCUGUGAGGGCUGACAUUAUAGCAAAAGUCGUGAGCCGUUUGGGGCUAGAAAAAACCAUGUUUGAAGCAUCAAAUCCUAAGACGUCUGAGUGGUUUAUCAAACAAUAUGGUCCACAUGUAAAUCUUUUCGUGGAUCAUUCUCAAGUCAUGGAUCUGGAAUGUCUCCGCGGCUGUAACCUGGACAAGGAUCAUGUAUCUGUUCUUGUGUCAGAUUUGCUCUUGUCUUGGGCAGCUCUUGAUCGUUGUGUCCUGCAUUUUCCCAGUAGAAUUGAUGACUAGUGAGGUUGGUGGUGCUAACAUGGAGAUAAAACAAGGUCCGGAGCGAGUUUGACCCGCACGUACAAGAGUGCAACCCUACGUAAAAUUCUUCGAAAUCAAGUACGAUUUAUAUGUAUGUGUUUAUUAUAUUUGUCACAUACUCAAGAACUGUCAUUUUCUGUUAACAACUCACAUUAGAGAAAGCAUCUCUUUCAUAAAUUUAAUAAAUUAGGUGGCGAGUUUGGUCCCUCAUUUUCCAA